AUGGAGCAAUUUAAUUUCUUUAGCCAUUGUAGACUGUAUAUUGUGCUGAUGUUAACUUUUUAUUGUCAACAAAUGACAAGCUUAGCUCAAAAAUUAAUUGUCUAUCCAUGUACGGACUUCCAAGCCAUUCGUUGGGUGAGGGACUCCACGUUCUGUAACCAGUAUUACAUUUGUCAUUUUGGUCAACCCCUAUCAAUGCCUGCCUGCCCGUCUGGUCAAGUAUGGAGCAAUAUCGCACUCAACUGUGUACCGCAACACUCCAGAUGGGAUGACUGUGUCAGCAAACCUCGACUCACUAAAGCUGCAAAUAACAACACAUACCGUACUACCACCAGUACUGUAACUCGCCAGCCAGCCUAUGCUAGUCCCUCGAUUGUUCCUCGAAACGAAAACAGUGUGAUAAUCACUGUAAAUAAUUUACCAGAGAAGUUAAAUCCGUCUAAAUCCAAGAAGGUCCCAGACCACGAAUGCUUCCGUAGUCCUGGAGCAUUCCUACCUCAUCCAGACAACUGCCACUGGUACUUCAACUGCAGCUUUGCCAAUCUAGAGGCUUUAGGAGGUAAUACCGAACAACUAGACUUGUUCUCGAUGACACCAGGAAGUAGCAGCAGCGGCGAGAAGGAUGGUUUCAUCCCCUUGAAACCAUUCCGUGUGGCGGAGGCUGGUGCCUUCGUUUGGGAGUGUCGCUUCCCGCAGCUGUUCGAUGAGAUGACGGGCCGGUGUCGGGAAUUUGUCAAUGUGGAUUGCAAGUCCCGUUUUGAGGCAGUUGAUCAGUGUGAAUACUCAGUUCGGCGAUGUCGGGGCGAGCGCUGUGCCCCCUGCCACCACAGGUUCGGGCGCUGCCGGGGUCGACCAGACGGGGUGUAUCCCUUACACCAAGACGGCUGGGCGCCAUCGUUUGUGACUUGCUACCGCCAGAGAAACAUCGCCAUAGACGAGUGUGUACCCAAGACACAGGGCGGCUUCCUGCCAGACUGCGUCACCCGUCCCGAUGGUUAUUACCCAGACGAACAAGGCAGGUGUGGCAUUUUCUUCCGGUGUGCUCUGGGAAUAUUUCGAGGUUACGAUGAAUGUCCGCCAGGAACUGUAUUCGACCCGGCCAUCCCUGCUUGCCAGUCUUACAGCUUGGCCUCAAGUCCUUGCGGAGAAAGUCACAAUGUCCAGUGUGGAGGAAAACUGGACGGUUAUUACGCUGACCCCUACGGCAGAUGCACCAACUACUUCCAGUGUCAACAUGGCGUCUUUCAGCAGUACCUCUCUUGUGACCUGGGCAUCUUCGACCCACUGACUCAGAAGUGUUGUGGCCUCCCAGAAUACGCGCCGCCUCCGUGUGCGAUGUCCACCAUGUGUGUGGGUCAGCCUGAUGGGCGGUACCCAGCAACAACUAGGGGGUGUAGUUUCUUCUACGAGUGCUUUCAUGGAGACUUCCUGGGACUGCGGCGCUGUACGGAGUCUGAUGGAGGCAUCUUCUUCAAUCCAGAUACGGGUACCUGCGACUAUCCCCAGAAUAUAUGUCCUCCUUGCGGCUACAAAUGGUGGGGAUGGAUUAUUGCAUACUCCACAGUGCACGAGCAGAUCACCUUUAAGACCUGCCCAUGA